AUGGAUACUAAUUAUUCUGAUUACAUCACACCAACAGGUUAUGAUUACUACGGUAUGGAAACACAAUCGGAGAAGUCUAAAUAUGUUUAUUAUAUAAACGUACGUACCAGAGAUAAUGUAGCAAGCUUUGCAAAGAAUAAGACUAUUUAUGAGCACUUUGAAGGGUAUGACUCUGAGGAACAACAGGAGUUGCGUGGUAAAGAGAUCAAACGAAUGAUAACCUAUUAUGAUAGUCUCUCUGAAGACUUAAUUAAAAAGAACUCUGUUGUGCAUAUUUAUAUUGUUCUACGACAAGAAAGAAAAUACUGUGGCAUGCGUUCCUUUGCUGAGAUCUGUAAACCAGAUUCCAGUAAGAGAUUCGGGUUCACACGAGAUGUUGAAGUCAUAGCAUCCAAUGAAACUGGGGAAGAGGAUAUGAAUAGUAAUAAUAAACCAAGUGAUAUCUUACCGAUGGCAUUGCUUACUCUCUCGGAUACCCUCGAAUUCAUCAAAACCAAUCCUCUUUUAGAAAGAUAUGGGGAAAACAAAUGUUACUGGGUACAUAUCAAGCAUCCAAUGUUAGCCAUAUAUUUUACCAGGGAGAUUAAUUACAUGGACUUUUUUGGUUGUAACAGCAAGAAUGGUGGAGAAUUAAAAUACACUAAUACUAUAGAAAACAUACAUGCUCAACUCAAAAAACAUGAUAGUGUGAUCAAAGGUGAUAUUGAUUUUUAUGAGCAGAAAAACGAUAUCGACGAAGCCACAUUGGCAUUUAUCAAGAAACGUUAUGCAUUUGUACCUGAUCUAGUAUGGCUCAGUAAUCAUAAAAAAACAAAAAAAUAUACCAAAAAAUCAUUGGUCGGGACCAAUAUCAGCACCCUUGUUGGUAAUCAACCAUCUAAACAUACCAGGGAAAUUGUAAAUAUUGAAAAUGAAAGAGAG